GUCCACCACAAGGUGUUUCCUGACAAAGGAAAUACACGGAUCAUCCUGGGCUUAAAAAAGCUCCAUUUUGAAAGAGAAGGAGAACAGAAGCAGGGCGAUUGGAUUGCAGGAGGGAUUUUGACGGGAUUCUGAAACCUUUGGAGCGAUGGAUAAGUGACCGGAGCCUCGGAUACAGGUUUGUGCGAUGCUGAUCCGGCGGGGCGGCGGCCGGGGGAGCCGGCGGCGGCUGCUGACCGCGGUUCUGCUGCUGGUCACAGCCUGGGCCAGGGGGAGCGGCCAGCUCCAUUACUCGGUGCCGGAGGAGGCGAAACACGGCACGUUCGUGGGCCGCAUCGCGCAGGACCUGGGGCUGGAGGUCGGGGAGCUGGUGCCGCGGAUGUUCCGGGCGGUGUCCCAGGGCCGCAGGGACUAUCUGGAGGUGAAUCUGCAGAACGGCAUCCUCUUCGUCAAUUCGCGGAUCGAUCGGGAGGAGCUGUGCGGCCGGAGCCCCGCGUGUAGCAUCCACCUGGAGGUGAUCGUGGACAAGCCGCUGCGGGUCGACCAUGUGGAAGUGGAGGUCAAGGACAUCAACGAUAACCCGCCAGUCUUCCCAGUAACACAACAGAGACUCUUGAUUUAUGAAUCAAGGCUUCCAGAUUCGAGAUUCCCGCUAGAGGUCGCUUCCGAUGCAGAUAUCGGAGUGAAUUCUAUCCUGACCUAUAGACUCAGUGUUAAUGAUCAUUUCGCUUUGGAAGUACGAACCAAAAAUGACCGAACUAAAUCCGUGGAUCUUCUUUUAAGGAAAUCCCUGGACAGGGAAGAAGUUCCCGAGCAUCACUUGGUCCUGACGGCCACAGACGGGGGCAAACCCGAGCUGACGGGCUCAGUGGAACUGGUGGUCACGGUUCUGGAUGCAAAUGAUAACGCCCCGCAGUUUGACCGAUCCGAGUACGAGGUGAAAUUAUUAGAGAAUACAGCCAACGGGACACUAGUCAUCAGAUUGAAUGCCUCUGACCAGGAUGAAGGAAUCAACAAGCUUAUAAUGUAUUCGUUUAGUAACCUUGUUCCAGCUGAAGUGAAAGAUGCCUUCACCAUUGACAUGAAAACAGGAGAGAUCAGAGUGGCCGGUGAAUUGGAUACCGAAAACACAAAUUCAUACGAAAUCCCUGUGGAGGCUGUUGACAAAGGAAAUCCGCCUUUAUCUGGCCACUGCAAAGUUUUAGUGGAAAUCUUGGACACCAACGACAACGCCCCCGAGAUAGCAGUGACGUCUCUGUCGCUGCCCGUCAGGGAGGACGCCCUGCCCGGCACAGUGAUCGCUCUGAUCAGCGUGUCCGAUCGGGACUCGGGGACCAACGGGCAGGUGACGUGCACCCUGAAGCCCCCCGGACCGUUCGGGCUGGUGUCCACCUUCAAGAAUUACUAUUCCCUGGUCCUGCAGGGCCCCGUGGACCGAGAGAAAGUGGCGGCCUACGAGCUGCUGGUGACGGCGCGGGACGGUGGGGAUCCGGCGUUGGAGGCCACGGCCAGCGUGUCGGUGGCCAUCGCCGACGUGAACGACAACGCGCCGGCCUUCGCCCAGCCCGCGUACACGGUGCUGGUGAAGGAGAACAACCCGCCGGGAAGCCACAUCUUCACGGUGUCGGCGCGGGACCCGGACGCGCAGGAGAACGCGUUGGUGUCCUACUCGCUGGUGGACAGGCCGGUGCGGGAGCGGCCGCUGUCGAGCUACGUGUCGGUGCACGCGGAGAGCGGGCGCGUGUACGCGCUGCAGCCGCUGGACCACGAGGAGCUGGAGCUGCUGCAGGUCCAGGUGAACGCCCGCGACGCGGGAGUCCCGGCGCUGGACAGCAACGUGACGCUGCAGGUGUUCGUGCUGGACGAGAACGACAACGCCCCGGUGGUGCUGCCGCCCCAUUCUGGCGCCGCCGCCGCCCCCUCGUGGUCCUCGGCGGGGUCGAGUCCCUGGUCCGGGUCCCCCGGGGCGCCUCAGCCGGGACCGGAGCUGGUUCCGCAGGGGGUCGGUGCGGGGCACCCGGUGGCGAAGAUCCGUGCGGUGGACUUGGACUCGGGCUACAACGCGUGGCUGUCGUACGAGCUGCGGGAGGCGGGCGGCGGGGCCGGGCGCAGCCCCUUCCGCAUCGGGCUGUACACGGGCGAGAUCAGCACGACGCGGGCCCUGGACGAGGCGGACGGGCCGCGGCACACGCUGCUGGUCGUGGUGCGGGACCACGGGGAGCCGGCGCUGCGGGCCACGGCCACGGUGAGCGUGUCGCUGGUGGACAGCGGGCAGGACGGCAAGGCGGCGUCGCGGGCGUCGGGGGUGCGGGCGUCGGGAGCGUCGGGGGGCGGCCAGCGGGCAGCGCUGGUGGACGUGAACGUGUACCUGAUCAUCGCCAUCUGCGCCGUGUCCAGCCUGUUCGUGCUGACCGUGCUGCUGUACACGGCGCUGCGGUGCUCAGCGCCCCCGCGGGGUCUGUGCGGGCCCGUCCCUCCGGCCCUGGUCUGCUCCAGCGCGGUGGGGAGUUGGUCGUAUUCUCAGCAGCGCCGGCGUCAGCGUCCGAACGCGUGUGCGGGGGACGGGGCCGCCAAGAGCGACCUCAUGGCUUUCAGUCCCAACCUCCCGCCCUGCCCGGGACCCCGGGACAGCGGGGAGCAGCCAGGAAACUCCGCUGAUCAAUCAGGGAAGGUAAGGGUUUAAACUGUUUAAUUUCUACCUUUGAGUUGGAACACUUUAUUAGAAUAAAUUUGGCUUGCUCGUCCGGUCCAGUGGCUACCUCUUGAAAGUGGAAAUGCCCAAGUAGAACGGCUGAUUUCUUUUCUCCACUGGUUCUCCCCAAUCUAUUUUUCACACCUCCCUGCAUUCUUGUCUGAACUUUGAAGGGGACCAGUUAAUGAUAUAUCGCUUU